AUGUUUGUAAAACACAAAGACGUUGAAGAAUGUUUGCGAAACACGAAGACAUCAUGUCUGGCAGCCACGAAAAUAUGUCUGGCAGUCAGUUCUGCAAAACAUGUCUUCGGUUUGUCAGACCUUUUUUCAAAAACACAAAGACAUGAUUCAGAAACUCUGUCUAUCAUAAGUCACGGGGUCACGUCUUCACAUUCCUUAUUUUAUUUGUGUCGUAACAAAUUAGAGAAAAGAGAUCUUUCAAACCAAAUUUUGCAGUUGCGAAUUUAUCUCAACAAGAAGUAA